AUCGCAUUCAGGUGAUGUACUUUAUACAAGACUGACUGGCUGACUCGCGUGGUUCAAGCCUUGUUGUGUGUGUUGACGCCGAGCACGCUAUAUGACGUCAUCGUGGGAGUGUUCCUCCAUCGGGAGAGAUGAACGGUCAUCAACACAAUCCUCUAAGCGCCCAUCAUGUGAUUUUUCUAAACGCUAAUGAAGACAGCUGACUAAAAACCAAGAGCCACCGUGUCAGAUUUUCGUUUUGGAGGACUUUACACAGCGGAGGUGGUGCUGGACUUUUGCUUGGGAUUUUAAUCCUUGGAGCCUCUCUGUUGGUGCACACAUUAUUUGCUGAUGUCAUCAUCUGAAGCCAGUCCUGCUUUGUGAGUCCGAAGAGGAGAGGUUGGGCCGAUGAAGAGCAUUACAUUGAGCCAAGCCACAGAUGCAUGCCUACUCAGAAAGUUCAACUGAGUGCCGUCCGACCCGCCUCACGCAGGGGAGGGGUGGGGGGUUUCCACCCCCCGUGUAGCUCGUCCCGUGCGGCACCCCCCCCCCCCCCCCCCCCCACCCCGUCCCCGAGUAGAACUGGAGGCCUCUGAUGGAUCAGGGUUGUAGUGAGCAGUGUCCAGAGGAAGCGGACUCGGGAGGCCGGACGGAGCUGGAGGGCGGUCGCAGGGCGUCAGAGUCCGAACAUGGUCUGUCCAAAAUCACCCAUAACGCCCUGGAGAACAUGGGAGCGUUGGGUCACGGCCUGAAGCAGCUCUUCCAGCCGCAGCGCAGACGCUCCUCCGUGUCCCCACAUGACACCGCCGCUUCCUGCGCCGGCGCCAGCGUUCCCGAGCCCGCCGACGUCGUCUCGGAAGGCGGCGACGCUCGAGCCCCCUCGGCUCUCUCCUCGGAUUCUGACGGACCCGCCGCUUCCGCCCCUCCCGCAGCUCUGAGCCGCGUGCUGCAGCAGAUCCGCGGUGCUCCGCCAAUGAUGAAGCGAGGCACCAGCCUGCAGAGCCGCCGCAGCAAGGCGGGGGUCACCGGGGACGGCCCCCAGAAAGGGAGCCCCCAGAUUCACCGGCGCGGCACCCACGAGGCCCUGCUGCAGGCUGGGCGCCCUCGCUCCUCCUCCACCACGGACACGCCCAGCAGCCCCGCCCUGGCAGACGUGCUUCUCGCGUCCGGCUACCAUUCUACCGAGGAACCCGACAAGCCGGACCGCUACGACGGAUCGGCUCCCGCCGCGUCGCCCAACGCCGUCUCCUGCGGCGCCGAUGGGUACGACGCGGUCGAUAGCACGCCGGACCCUCAGCGCACGAAGCAGGCCAUCGCUCAACUGCAGCAGAAGAUCCUCAAACUCACCGAACAAAUCAAAAUCGAACAGACGGCGCGAGACGACAACGUGGCCGAGUACCUGAAACUGGCCAACAAUGCGGACAAGCUGCAGAGCGUGCGGAUCAAGCAGGUGUUUGAGAAGAAGAACCAGAAGUCCUCUCAGACUAUCCAACACCUGCAGAAGAAGCUGGAGAACUACCACCGCAAGCUUCGCGAGGUGGAGCACAACGGCAUCCCGCGUCAGCCCAAAGACGUCUUGCGAGACAUGCACCAGGGCCUGAAAGAUGUCGGCGCCAAGGUGACGGGCGGCCUCUCCAGCAUUUCACAAGCCACUCACUCGGCAGCCGGAGCUGUCGUGUCCAAGCCAAGAGAAUUUGCUUUCCUCAUCCGCAACAAGUUCGGGAGCGCCGACAACAUCGCCGCCCUCAAAGAUUCUCUGGACGAGACGCCGGGCGAGGAGGGAGUGGGCCCCGGGGGCAUGAGGACCCUCGCCGCGGGGCACCAGCAGUCCAGUCCGAAGUUCGGUAGCGAGGACGACUGUUCCAGUGCCACGUCGGGCUCCGCGGGGGCCAACAGCACUACCGGAGGCCCCGGGGGGCCCCCCAGCUCCAGGGGGAACACGCUCGACCCUUCUCAGGCAUCGGGGUUCGACGCUAUGCUCCACGAGAUCCAAGAGCUGCGGGACAACCAAGGUCGACUCGAAGAGUCCUUUGACAAUUUAAAGUCGCACUACCAACGCGACUACACCAUGGUCAUGGAGGCCCUACAAGAGGAGCGAUUCAGGUGCGAACGCUUGGAGGAGCAGCUCAACGAUCUCACCGAGCUGCACCAGAAUGAAAUUCUCAACUUGAAACAGGAGCUGGCCAGCAUGGAGGAGAAGAUUGCCUACCAGUCAAACGAACGAGCCAGAGACAUCCAGGAGGCGUUGGAGGCCUGCCAGACGCGCAUCUCCAAGAUGGAGCUGCAGCUGCAGCAGCAGCAGCAGCAGGUAGUUCAGCUGGAAGGUCUGGAGAACGCCACGGCGCGGACGCUCCUGGGCAAGCUCAUCAACGUGCUGCUGGCCGUCAUGGCCGUGCUGCUGGUCUUCGUGUCCACGGUGGCCAACUGCGUGGUGCCGCUGAUGAAGACGCGCAGCCGCACGCUGUCCACGCUGCUGCUCCUCGUCCUGGUGGCCUUCCUCUGGAGGCACUGGCACGCUUUCUCAGAGUAUCUGCAUCGCUUCCUGCUGCACCCCAGAUGACGCGACGGCGCACGGGGAGGCGGAGCUUUUUGAACCGCGGGCGCGACAUGACGCUCGUCGUUUCCUCACCCGAGACGGACGCUUGGCUCGCAGUCUUUGGUGCAAUUGUGGAUUUGAGAGAACCGCACACUUUUCUCUCUCCCGAGUCACUUUGUUUACAUGUGGACCACUUUACAUCGUCAUCCCACACAAGACCUUUGACCUUUUUAUUGCUUUUAACAUGACCCCUUGAUGUCAUUGAAGGCAUAUUUUUUAACUCAUCUGUGGAUGCCACAUUUUAAAUUUGUACCCCCCCCCCCCUCCAAGCACCUGCUGUUUCCUUUUGACUUGGUUCAAAUGAGCUUUUACGACCAACUCCCCACUAAAGAACCGAGCGUUUGCACAGCAGCACCAUACGCUGGCUCAAAAUGAUAAUCGUGGCUUCGUAUGACGUGUGCAAGUUUGACUGCUGAAGAUGAUUUAUGAACUCAACAUACUUGAAGAGCACUCGAAAUGCUCAAAAGAGUGCUUCCGUACUGUUUCCAUUAGUGACAAUGAAAUAGUCCAGACUUUUUUUUUUUAAGACCAAUAAAGUCCCACUUUUAAAAAGGUGUAA